AUGCCGCCAGGGCACCAAGGGGAACCUACGCCAUCAGCUUACCACAGAUCGCCCACACAAGCAGGCCAACCAUACCACCAUCACUCGCCAAACACGCCUGCGCCCUUGCCUCUGCAGCCCCAUCAACACCACCGCCAGCCUGCAUCACCAUCCUCGACCGAGCUGCCGCCCAUCAGCACGGCCCUCUAUUCUCGCGACACGUCUAGAUAUUACGACCCGACCUCGGACAAUGGCGACAACCGCGUAGCCAGAGACCCGGCGCGUUACGACCCCCAGUAUCCUGCACAGCAGCCCCGGGACCCUCACGCCUACCACGACCCUCGACCCGCCCACAGCCCCUACGAAAAGGUCUACCACUCGCCCGUCGCCGCUUCAUAUCCCCAGCACUCGCCCUUGCGGCGGCCCCAUUCGCAGCACCAGCACACCGGCGGCAUGGAGACAAUGUCACACUCUCCCGUCUCGCCAUCAGUUUAUCAAUCCAUGAACCGGCCGGGCGGUGCCGUCCAGCCGCCGACCUACGAUAGACGGCCGUCCUUCAAGGAUGAGGCUCCACCACCAACACGCGCCGACCCCAUGUCGCUCUCAAGCAUAAUGUCUUCUGGCGCCGACAACGAGCCCCCGUCCAAACCUCAGCCACCUGCUCCCGUCAACGCCGACCCAUUCCGACCAUCGAAGCCCCUGCCCAACCAGCACUUUGUCAAGCAAGAGGCCGUGGCAUCCCCGGCGCCAGCUGACCUGCCUCUACAUGAGAACGGCUAUACCCCACGGCCGACGCAUGAUGCCAUCGCUGUACCUGGGAGCGUGCAGCCUGCUGCACUGCAAUCUGCGACUCGCGAACUGCCACCUCCUGACGAAGCCGAUGUUGAGGCUCAGCUUGCACACAUCGAGACUACGCAGAUGGGAGACAUGGACAUUCUGAUCAAUUCGCGCGAAGAGGCAGAAUACAGGCAACGGAGCCAAAAGCGUAUCCUAGAGGUUUCCGCUACAGAGGCGAGCAAGCGCAAGCGAAGGCGCACAGCAACCUUGAUCCGUUUCCAGGAUGUGUCGGCUGCACACCGCGACUACGCCAAGCAUUCUUACAACGUCGAGCACGAGGGCGAUGCAUGGCAGCAGGUGCAGAGCCAGGAGAUUGCCGAAGAGAAGGAGCGCAAAAAGGACAUGCAACGCAAACGAAGACGAGAAAAGACUAUCCAGAACGAAGAGGCUAAGCGUGCUGAAGCUCUCGCAAAGGCUGGCCAGGCCGAAAAUGAGGAGGAGAAGGAACGACACCUGCUAGCUGCCCAAAAAGCUGAACGCAAGGCCAAGACUACCACUCAGCUGCUGCAAGGCAAUGCUCCUAGUAAGGACAUCCGCGAGGUUACCCCACAUGGCCCCAACAUGGAGGGAGGCACGAUGAGUUCGUUCCAGGCCUCUGACGACGCCCCGAGCGGAAAGCGCAAGGGCAACCGUGGCAAUGGCCGUCUCAAGAAGAGCAAGGAGCAAAAGCAGGCAGAGAAGGAUGCUGCAGCGGCAGGCCAAGCUGCUCUUGACCGUGGCGAUGAUUUGCCCAUGAUUGCUCCGCGCGAGGAGGCCCGGCUUGAUUCGAUACGGGGCCGCAGCUACACCGAAGACAUCGGCCCUGUCGUGCUCACUUCCUACGACUCGCCCGUGUAUCGCAAUCUGUACCACCAGAUCGUCAAGGACUUGGCCCGCAAGGAUGUUCCCAAGGUCGUCCGCAUCAAGGAGAACUCACUGUCUACAAAACAGUCCAAUCUUCGCAAGACUGCCCAGUUGGCCGCCAAAGAAGCACGCAGAUGGCAGAUGCGCACCAACAAAAACCAGAAGGAUACGCAGGCUAGGGCGAAGCGAGGCAUGCGCGAGAUGCUUGCGUUCUGGAAGAGGAACGAGCGUGACGAGCGCGAAUCGCGAAAGAAUGCAGAGCGUCAAGAGCUAGAGAACGCAAAGAAGGCCGAAGCCGACCGUGAAGCCAACCGACAGAAGCGGAAGCUCAACUUUCUUAUCUCACAGACAGAACUCUACUCGCAUUUCAUCGGAAAGAAGGCCAGGACUGACGAGAUUGAGAGGUCUACUGACGACGCCGAUACCGCCGCGGCAGCACCACAGCAACCAGCUCAGCCUGGUAUCGAGGUUGGAGACAUGCCAACAGGGGCAGCUGCCAAAGUCACCAACUUUGAGGAUCUGGAUUUCGAUAAUGAGGACGAGAGCGCUCUCAAUGCUGCUGCAAUGGCAAACGCUCAACACGCUAUCCAAGAGGCACAGGAUCGUGCCCGUGCUUUCAACAAGUCUGGCGACGACGACGAGGAUGGAGAGCUGAACUUCCAAAAUCCAUCCGGUCUCCAAAACAAGGAAGACUGGAUUCCUCAGCCAAAUCUACUCAGCUGUACCCUCAAGGAAUACCAACUCAAGGGUCUGAACUGGCUAGUUAACCUGUACGAGCAAGGUAUCAACGGUAUUCUGGCUGACGAAAUGGGUCUCGGAAAGACGGUCCAGUCGAUAUCCGUCAUGGCGUACCUUGCAGAGAGGUACAACAUCUGGGGACCUUUCCUUGUCAUCGCUCCUGCAUCAACGUUGCAUAACUGGCAGCAGGAAAUCGCAAAGUUUGUUCCUGAUCUCAACGUCAUUCCAUACUGGGGUACGGCCAAAGACCGAAAGAUUCUGCGAAAGCUUUGGGACCGCAAGCACGUUACCUACACCCGCGACUCGCCUUUCCACGUUGUCGUCUCCUCAUACCAAUUGGUUGUUCAGGAUGCUCAGUAUUUCCAGAAGAUGCGCUGGCAGUACAUGAUUCUCGACGAAGCCCAGGCUAUCAAGUCAUCGCAGAGUUCCAGAUGGAAGAGCUUGCUCGGAUUCCACUCACGUAACCGACUGCUACUGACAGGUACCCCUAUCCAGAACAACAUGCAAGAACUUUGGGCACUUCUCCAUUUCAUUAUGCCAAGUUUGUUCGAUUCCCACGACGAGUUCAGCGAGUGGUUCUCCAAGGAUAUUGAGAGUCACGCACAGAGUAAUACCAAACUCAACGAGGACCAGCUGAGACGUCUGCACAUGAUCCUGAAGCCGUUCAUGUUGCGUCGUGUCAAGAAGCAUGUGCAGAAAGAGCUUGGAGACAAGAUUGAACUUGAUGUUUACUGCGACCUGACAUAUCGCCAGCGUGCCUACUACGCCAAUCUACGCGCCAAGAUCAACAUUAUGGACUUGGUCGAAAAGGCAGUUGGAGACGAGCAGGACAGCGCCACUUUGAUGAACUUGGUCAUGCAAUUUAGGAAAGUCUGUAACCACCCUGACUUGUUUGAGAGAGCAGAGACCUGGUCUCCCUUCUCCUUUGCUUCUUUCGCUGAGACGGCAUCGUUCCUCCGAGAAGGUCAGAAUGUAAGGGUUGGUUACUCGACUCGUAACCUGAUCGAGUAUUCUCUGCCACGUCUUGUAGGCCGCGAAGGAGGUCGCCUGGAUCUUGCAGGACCCGACAACCAAAAGGCCGGAUUCAAGGGACACUAUCUCGACAACUUGAUGAACAUCUGGAGUCCGGAUAACAUUGAGACAUCGGCUCGACAAAGUGGCGCCUUCUCCUGGCUCCGCUUCUCCGACUUGUCUGCAAGCGAGGCCUCACAGAUUGCCAAGAGUGGUCUUUUCCAGCGAGCUCUCGUUGCGGGCCAAAAACCGAACAAGGUCAGCCGCUUCAGUAUCUGCUACGACGGUGAUGCUGGCGAAUGGGAACCGAAGCACUCAAUAUUCAACAUUGUCAAUCGCCAGGAUCGUGUGCCGCUGGCUGAGGUAGCUACCGAAGGGCACAUGCACAACCUGUUCAACAUUGCUCAAUCUGCGUUUGAGAAGACGGGCUUGAACGUGAUUGAGCCUUGUGCAAAGCCCAAGGCAUCUGCACCUCCAAUCGAGCUAUACUGUGCCAGUCAAGGAGUUAUUGCUGAAAAGCAAAACAUCUUCUUCAAUCCUCUCAUUCGCACCGCAUUGUACGGCAUCUCGGACUUGACUGAACAAGCGAUACUGGAGACCAAGUCGGAGAGUACUGCCUUGACAGUUCACAACAAGCUUCCGCCACCAACCAACCAGCGUACCCGUUUCACCCACAUUGAGGCUCCGUCAAUGUCGCGCUUCGUCACGGACUCUGGCAAGCUAGCUCGCCUAGAUGCACUGCUGAAGGAACUCAAGGCCAACGACCACCGCGUCCUCUUGUACUUCCAGAUGACCAGGAUGAUGGAUCUCAUGGAAGAGUACUUGACCUACAGGAACUACAAGUACUGCCGUCUAGACGGAUCUACCAAACUGGAGGAUCGUCGUGAUACCGUGGCGGAUUUCCAGAGUGAUCGAUCCAUCUUCGUUUUCCUGCUGUCUACACGCGCUGGUGGUCUCGGUAUCAACUUGACUUCGGCUGACACCGUCAUCUUCUACGACUCGGACUGGAAUCCCACGAUUGAUUCGCAAGCCAUGGAUCGUGCUCAUCGUCUCGGUCAAACACGACAAGUCACCGUGUAUCGUCUCAUUACUCGUGGUACCAUUGAGGAGCGUAUUCGAAAGCGUGCUCUGCAGAAGGAAGAGGUUCAGCGCGUUGUCAUCUCCGGAGGCGGCGGUGCAGGAGUCGACUUCAACACUCGUUCCCGAGAGAACAGGACCAAGGACAUGGCUAUGUGGCUCGUGGACGACGACCAAGCCGCUGAGAUUGAGAAGAAGGAAGCUGAAUUGGCGGAGCAGGAGAAGAAUGCUCCACCGGGCAAGAAGCGCGGCAAGAAGAAGCAGAGGGCUGAAACGAACCUCGACGACAUGUACCACGAAGGUGAAGGACACUUUGACGAGAGCGCCAAGGCGAGCGGUGCAGCGACGCCUAUUGCAUCGAGCGAAACACCUGUAGGAGGCAAGCUGGAAAAACGCCCCUCCAUCGAGGGCCUUGUUGACAACAUCGACCCGCGUGAAUCCCAUGAGCUCGAGGAGCUGCCCACAUUUGAGAAACCCGUCACGGAGCCUACGCCAAUAUCGCUCAAGGACAAGCUGAUAACAUGUUUUUGGAUCGGGCUCAACACGCUCUCGACGCUGGGAUUGAUCUUCCUGAGUAAACGAGUAUUCAGCGACAAGCAGCUCAAGGCAUGCCAACUCAUGGUUGUCAUGUGGCACUUCACCGCCACCGGUCUCGUUCUCUUCAUCUCCACUCUGCGGCCCUUUUACGCCUUCAAGGCCGUCAAACUCAACAUCUGGCAGAUGCUGCCCGUCUGCGGCUUCUUCGCCGGCUAUGUUGUUCUUGGCAACCUUAGCUUGACCUUCAACUCGAUUGGUUUCUACCAGCUUUCCAAGGUCAUGACCACACCCACUGUCGUUCUUAUCAACUUUGUCCUUUUCCGAAAGUAUGUUACGCGAUACAUGCUGGCUGCUAUUCUUGCAACAUGCAUUGGAGUUUCCUUCACCAUCAACGAGGCGGCCAAGACCCAAUUGUUUGGUGUCAUUAUCGCAACGUUGGCUUUCUGCAGUACUGCCCUGUACCAAAUCUGGAUUGGCAAGAAGAUUGAGGACUUUGCCGUAUCACCACCCCAGCUUCUGCUUAACCAGGCGCCGAUUUCGGUCUGCCUGCUCAUUCCCUUUGUUCCAUUCUUCGAUACUCUUCCCGAUCUUUCGACUGUGCCCACCGAUAUCCUCUGGAGCGUAUGCGCAUCGGGUAUCAUGGCUUCCAUGUACAACCUGAGUCAGUUCUUGAUCAUUGGAAGGACUAGCGCCUUGACCUUCAACAUUGUCAGUCAUCUCAAGACUAUUUUGAUUCUGAGCAUAGGAUGGUACAGCGAGGGAAAGAUCCUCAGUGGAAGAGAGUGGUUUGGUGUAUUGCUCGCACUGGGUGGUGGAUGGGUGUACUCGCACCUUGCACUCAAGGCAAAGAAGCAAGGUGGAAAGUAA